UCUGGCGUAUGUUUGCAUGGUUUAUUAGAAGAAGAUCAAAGAUGACUUCAAUCACCUUAUCUCUCUUCCUCCCACGUCUCGACACACCAUCAUCAUGGAGUUCCCAUCUCGGUCAUUUUCGUUUUCUCGUACUCUGUACUGUCACUUCAUUCGUAAAAGAGACAAGAGAGGUUAACGGGAGAAGUGCGGAAUCAAACAAUGAAAUCUCUGCUUAUUUUAUCCGUCUUUGUGGCGGUAUUUUCUUCAUCAGCCGCCGCUGAUGACAAAAAAGGGCCCAAAGUAACCGACAAGGUAUGGUUCGACAUCAAAAUUGGUGACGAGGCAGUCGGUCGUGUUGUCAUCGGCCUGUUCGGAAAGACGGUGCCAAAGACUGUGCAAAACUUUGUCGAGUUGGCAAAGAGGCCUGAAGGACAGGGCUACAAAGGCAGUAAAUUCCACAGGGUCAUCAAGGACUUUAUGAUUCAAGGUGGAGAUUUCACAAAGGGAGAUGGUACAGGAGGGAAGAGCAUCUACGGCGACCGUUUUGAAGACGAAAACUUCAAGCUAAAGCACUAUGGAGCUGGUUGGCUGUCUAUGGCAAAUGCUGGUAAGGACACGAAUGGAUCUCAGUUCUUCGUCACCACAAAACAGACAACUUGGUUGGAUGGCAGACACGUUGUGUUCGGAAAGGUAAGCAUAAAUUGAUUACAAACAGAAAAGGGCUAUGAUUUUUGAUCUUACAAUUGCACUUUUCAAGUUGAAAACAAUCAAUAAUACCGAAAUUUCUUGUCAUUACUAUUUUCAGAGAUAUAUGUGUAAAUGUAUAUAGAGAAUUUGAAAUAGUGAUAUAAUCACUCGAUUCAUGAUUUGCUAUAGCAGAUAUUCUAUUAGGCCAGGCUGUCAAAGCAAUUCGUAUUGAAGUUACUGCAACGAGAAUAACGAAACUGAUACAUUCAAAAUAUGUAUGAACUGAAUAUAAUUUCAUGAUUUUAAUACCCUGUCACAGACGACACAUAGAUAGAUAGAUAGAUAGAUAUAGACAUUUGUUUCUAACAGGUACAUGUGCACCCAAUAACAGGAAAUGUGUAAAAUCAAAUGAAUUUUUCGUUUUAUGUAAAAGAAAAAAUAUAACUAAUGUUAUAUAAAAAUAAACACUUGAAUAUAUUUCGAAAAAGUUACAUAUUAAAUGUGAUCUGCAAAAUAGAACGGAAAAAUUGAUGUCACAGCUGUUACAUAUCAAAUUAAAAUUGUUACAAAUUAUUUAAAUAGGUGACUUAGCUAAAAUGUUGGUUCUAGGGCAUUCACAAUAAAAUGCUCUAGAAUUUUUGAUGUUGCAUCUGGGCACGGUUAAUGGAAAUUUACCUAACAUAAAUUCACACAUUAUGUCCCCAUGAAUGAGUUUGUACAAGAAACUCGUUAGAAAAAUACGUCGUGUAUUAAGAGAAAUAAAGUUUGCUUCAUUAAGCAGCAAAGAGUAAUCAAAUCCUCUUUCCCGGAAUAAACCAGUUUUCUUAAAAUGCAUAUAUUUCAAAAAUUUUCUCUGAACACCUUCUAUCUUACUAAUGUGUGUUGCGCAUUGUGGGUACCAAAUCAAGAUACCAUACCUUGCUACAUACAUAACUUAUAUAUAGAAUAUUUAGUACUGAAAUAGAAAAUUCUCUAGCAUUCCUCAUGAUAAAUCGCAACAUCUUAUUAGCCGACGAAACAGUUGUGUCGAUAUGAGUUGAAAUUUGACAUUUUUUGAUCAAAUAUGAUACCUAAGUCAUCGAUUUGCUCUUAACGCUUAAGGCUAACGUGUCCAAGGUAGUAGUUAAAAUUUAAGAUGUUUAAUUUCCUUGUGAAAGACACAACAAAGCACUUGUCUGCAUUUAAGUUAAGAUGAUUGGCAAGGGACCAUGAAGACAAUGGUAGUAUUAAAGGAUUUUGACAUCACAAUAUUUCAUAUUAUUUUAGUAGAAGGGUCUGUUACCUUUCUGACAGCUUUUGACGUUUGUUUUAAGGUUUAUCAAAUAUAUCAUUUUCGCGCGUGGCUACCCACCCUGACGAAAUGCUGUAUUGCGCUUCCGUCGUGAGAUGGAGAACCUCACAUUUUGGGCAGGAAAGGCUGAUAAGGAUCUGUUGAGCUUACCUGCCUGAGAGCCUUUAUAACCACCUUUCCUCUGUCUAAAAAAGCCAUAGAAGCUGUAAAUGACCCCUACUAGUCCCAUCUCUGAAGCAGAUGUUACAUCACACCAGAGCCAAACUAUAUAGCUCCAGUCUCAUGACGUUUAGGCAACAUGCACAGCAUGUAAAAGUGAACCUGAAGUGAGUGAGAGCUAGUUCCAGGGUGACAUUUGUGACAUGAUAUACUGCCACUUUUUAAGUUACGUGAAACGGAUGCUGCUUAUCAUAGCAGUGUAAUGAAAACACUAGCUUAUGAUGCCUACUUGAUGAAGAGAUUAGACCUAUAACUCGUCCCCUAUCCCUCAUUGGCAAAAUCACAUAUUUUCACCAAGUACCACCACACCAAGCUUGCCAUUUACACUCCCUAUGGUGCAAUACUUGGUCCAGCAUACUGUGUAUCUAUGGUUUUUAUCCUGUCCUGGAGGAUGUGACCUUUACAGGAAACUUGCGAAAAUUUAUGAUACAUCAGUAUAUGGAGAACAUGGAGGUUCAGAUUUUUACAUACAUAUUACACUGAGAUAGAAAUGAAUUAUGAUAGCAUUUUGUAGCUUCAAAUAUGUGAGCAUCUGAAACGUCCUAUUAUUCCAUGAUAUUCACUAAAAAAACCUUUAUUGUGUUUGGUACAAAUCGCUUAUCGCUAGUUGAACGUUUCCAUAAGGUGCGUGUUAUUAUACUUGUUGUUCCUACCCUCUCAGCUGAGCUAUUCUGUUGGCCAUAAUUUGUUGUCGAUAAAAAGCCUAAAUCUUAGGCAGUCAUUAAUUAUCGGAUAUCGUGGUAACAGCAUACCAUCAGGAACCAAGUAAGUUGACUAUGAAUUGGUCAUCCUAGAAGUUCAUUAGACUGCCAAGGGUUUAAUAAUAUAGUUCUCCGAAAGGUAAUGGAACCACGCGCACUUGCUAUCAAUCAUACUAAUCCCUCGUUUUCAAGAAUUUAUAUCCCAUGAAGAACAGUUUUUCUAUAUAGUGAUUUAGCUGUAUAAUUUUUCAAUGUAAUGCAUAUCUUUUGUGAAACUAUCCUGUAAUAUGACUAAAAAUAAUUCAUUUUUAAUUUUCAAGGUGAUAUCCGGAAUGGACGUAGUAAGGAAAAUCGAAAACACGAGGACUGACAGCAGAGACAAGCCUGAGAAGGAUGUUGUUAUCGUAGAUGCUGGCGCAGAAAAGGUCGAUGAACCUUUUAGCGUCUCCAAGGCUGAUGCCACCGAUUAACUUAUUACUAUUUUAGAGAUAUUAUAGGAUCCAAUUGUGAUUUUUGUGUCUUUUUGUACUGUGUGUACCGUGAAUAUAAUUAAUUUCUUUUUUA